AUGAGCAAGCCGGAAUUCCAGCCCACCGUAUACAAGCGGCCCACAAAUUACAUCUUUCCCUACCUCCCGGCAUCAUGGGUCCCGUACGCAGAGCUCAUGCGUAUUGAUCGACCAGGUGGUUUCAUCACCUUCUAUGCCCCCUGCCUUUUCGGCAUCAGUUAUGCCACCUCUAUAGCUGCUGUUCAACCACCGAUAGCUCUCAUCCUCGACCGCAGCAUCACCGCAUUCUUGUGCUGUGUGCUAGCACGCGGCGCAGCAUGCGCAUGGAAUGACAGCGUAGAUCGGGACUUCGAUCGAAAGGUCGAGCGGUGCCGGUUGCGGCCUGUAGCGCGAGGGGCCGUGACACGCUUCCAAUCGCAUCUAUUUGCGAUUGGGCAAACUGUUGUGAUUAUACUGCUUCUCGUCCGCAUGCCCAUCGCCCUGCUUCGCUACUUCGGUGGCAUCGUGCUGCUAUCCACGCUUUACCCCUUCGCGAAGCGCUUCACCUAUUAUCCGCAGAUCGUGCUGGGUUCGACAUUUGGCGUGGCAUUUCUCGCAUCCGCUAGAUCAGUGGAUGUCGACCCUAUGGCAAAGGAGACACUCAUCCCGUCUAUCUGUGCCUUCGUGGCCAAUACCCUCUGGAGCAUGAUCUAUGAUACUAUUUACGCGCACCAAGACGUGGCGGAUGAUAUCCACUCGGGCGUGAAGAGCAUGGCCGUCCGAUUCCAGGAUUCAACAAAGCUUGUCACGUCGAUACUGGCCAUCGUUAUGACUGUGAUGCUCGCUAUGACGGGUGUGCUGGCAGGUCUGGGACCGCUCUACUUUGCUUUUACUGUGGGUGGAGGAGCGGUUAGUCUGGCUGCUACUAUCAUAUCCGUGGAUCUUAAGGACGGGAGUAGCUGUUCGUGGUGGUUUAGUCGGGGAUACUCGUUUGUGGGGGCAUGUAUCCUCACCGGAUUCUUAGCGGAGUCGGUGUCGAAAUCGGGGCCAGGAUUUGAGUAUAUGGGGCUGGCGAAAAACGCGAGUUGGAUCCAUACCGAACUGUGA